UGACUUAUAGCAACCCUCCCAGUGGGGCAGGUGUCUGAGAGUACAGAGCAGUCCUGCUCACCUGUCCACCCCUACAGAGCCCACGGCCAUGGCAGCCCAGGUGGCCGGCAUAUCCAGGCAGCGUGCAGCCGCUGAGGGUCUUGGCUCCAACCAGAAAGCUGUGAAAUACUUGGGCCAGGACUUUGAGACUCUGAGGCAACAGUGCUUGGAUUCAGGGGUCCUGUUUAAGGACCCUGAGUUUCCAGCAUGUCCAUCAGCUUUGGGCUACAAAGAUCUUGGACCACAUGCCCUCCAAACUCAAGGCAUCAUCUGGAAGCGGCCCACGGAAUUGUGUCCCAGCCCUCAGUUUAUUGUUGGCGGAGCCACGCGCACAGACAUUUGUCAGGGGGCUCUGGGUGACUGUUGGCUUCUGGCAGCCAUUGCUUCCCUGACCUUGAAUGAAAAGCUGCUUUACCGGGUGGUCCCUAGGGACCAGAACUUCCAGAAGAACUACGCAGGAAUCUUUCAUUUUCAGUUCUGGCAGUACGGAGAGUGGGUGGAGGUGGUCAUCGAUGACAGGCUGCCCACCAAGAACGGACAGCUGCUCUUCCUACAUUCUGAGCAAGGCAAUGAAUUCUGGAGUGCACUGCUAGAGAAAGCCUACGCCAAGCUCAAUGGUUGUUAUGAGGCUCUCACUGGAGGGUCCACGGUAGAGGGAUUUGAGGAUUUCACAGGUGGAAUCUCUGAGUUUUUUGACCUGAAGAAACCACCAGCCAACCUGUAUCAGAUCAUCCAGAAGGCCCUCCGUGCGGGGUCACUGCUGGGCUGCUCCAUCGAUAUCUCCAGUGCAGCCGAAGUAGAAGCCAUCACCCGCCAGAAGCUGGUUAAGAGUCAUGCGUACUCUAUCACUGGAGCUGAAGAGGUGAAUUUCUGUGGGCGUGCAGAGAAGCUGAUCAGACUCAGGAAUCCAUGGGGUGAAGUGGAGUGGUCAGGAGCCUGGAGUGAUGGUGCACCGGAGUGGAAUGACAUGGAUCCCAGGCAGAAGAAAGAGCUGGACAAGAAAGCUGAGGAUGGAGAGUUCUGGAUGUCAUUUUCAGAUUUCUUAAGGCAAUUCUCUAGGCUGGAGAUCUGCAACCUGUCCCCGGACUCUCUGAGCAGUGAGGAAGUGCACAAAUGGAACUUGGUCCUGUUCAACGGCCGCUGGACUCGGGGCUCCACUGCUGGAGGCUGCCAGAACUACCCAGCCACGUACUGGACCAAUCCCCAGUUCAAAAUUCACUUGGAUGAGGCGGAUGAGGACCAGGAGGAGGGCAUCGGUGAACCCUGCUGUACGGUCCUGCUGGGUCUAAUGCAGAAAAACCGCAGGCGACAGAAGAGGAUAGGACAGGGCAUGCUCAGCAUCGGCUAUGCCAUCUAUCAGGUUCCCAAGGAGCUGGAGAGUCACAUGGAUAUGCACCUGGGCCGGGACUUCUUCCUGGGCCAUCAACCCUCAGCUCGCACCAGCACCUACGUCAACCUGCGGGAGGUCUCUAGCCGCGCCCGGCUGCCCCCCGGGGAGUACCUGGUAGUGCCCUCCACCUUCGAGCCCUUCAAAGAUGGCGAAUUCUGCUUGAGAGUAUUCUCGGAGAAGAAGGCCAGGGCCCUGGAAAUUGGAAAUGUGGUAGCUGGAAACCCACACGAGCCACAUCCCAGUAUGGUGGAUCAAGAAGACGGCCAGUUCAAGAGCCUGUUUGAGAAGUUUGCAGGGAAGGAUUCUGAGAUCAAUGCCAAUAAGCUCAAGACAAUUUUGAAUGAGGUGUUUUCCAAACGAACAGACAUAAAAUUUAAUGGAUUCAACAUCAACACUUGCAGAGAAAUGAUCAGCCUGUUGGAUAGCAACGGAACGGGUACCUUGGGACCAAUGGAAGUCAAGACACUCUGGCUGAAGAUCCAGAAGUAUCUGGAGAUCUAUUUGGAAACAGAUUACAACCAUUUGGGCACCAUCGAUGCCCAUGAGAUGAGGACGGCCUUCAAGAUGGCAGGUUUCACCCUCAACAACCAGGUGCAGCAGACCAUUGCCCUGCGCUAUGCCUGCAGCAAACUUGGCAUUGACUUUGACAGCUUUGUGGCUUGUAUGAUCCGUCUGGAGACCCUCUUCAAACUGUUCAAGCUUCUGGACAAGGACCAGGAUGGCACCGUCCAGCUCUCACUGGCUGAGGUAAAUGUCCUGAGGUUUGAUGAACUGCUUGCUGAUG